CACUGAAUUACAGGAUGUCAACAAUCGAGGUAUUUUGCUCCGAUUCAAUUUCAAUUUAGCGGCUAAACUUUAUCACACGCAUUUGAUUGAACUAUUACAGUGCUUCUUAUCUCUUCGUCAUACAUAUCAAAUAAUUCUGAUUGGUGAACUCUUGUCGAGCGCGCGGCUUUUAUUCUGUUUUAAACUUUCAGCGUAACGCGCGAUGUCAGACGACUACAGUACAUUGACCCACGUGUCUCCCGUGCUGACUAAUGAGAGGCUCAGCGCGGCGCUCUCCGAUUGGUUCAAACGACCAUUCACGUUCACACAUUGGGAGUACGUCAGUGACACCGGAAAAGGUGACUCCUAUCUCAGCGAGCUGAUGCGCAUCAGGAUACAUGGCACUGAUGAGAAUAACGUCGCAAACCAUGUCCAAGUUAUCCUCAAAUCUAUCCCUAAAAGCAUCGCAAGGAGAUUGACUUUCAGGAGCCACGAGUUCUUCCAAAACGAGAUCGUGUUCUACGAGAAAGUCCUACCAGCUUUACUGGACUUCCAAUCCACGAAAAAUGUAAAAGACCCUUUCGAUAAAUACACCAAAAUGUUCUUUUCUUUCUGCGAUGGGACCAACGACGUUCUUUGCUUAGAGGACGCAAGCUUAUAUCAGUUUGGGAGCGCAGUGAGGCAAGAAGGGAUCGACUUAAAACAUUGCAAGUUGACUUUCAAAAUACUAGCGCAGUUCCACGCCCUCUCCUUCGCUAUGAAAGACCAGAAGCCAGAAGAAUUUGGGAAGUUAAAGACUCACCUUACAGAAGUCUAUUACCAUGAUCGUUUAUGGGAUUGGUACACGAGAUUUUGGAAGAGGAUUUCAGGUAUAGCCAUCGACGCGGUAGAAAAGGAAUACCCUGACUCCAUUUACGUGGAGAAGGUUAAGGAGUUUGCGGUACCAGAAAGGUACCAAAAUAUGAUAGAUGCGGCGACAAAAACUGAUGAAACUGGAGUUAUAUCUCACGGGGACUCGUGGACGAACAACUUCCUUUAUAAGUAUGUGGGUGGAAGUCCUGUGGAUGCGAAAAUUAUUGACUUCCAAUUGGCUCGAUGUGCUACACCUGUUCUCGAUCUUUCUUUCAUGGUAUACGCUUGCACGAGUCAAGAUUUGAGGGAGAAGCAUUAUGAUGAGUUACUAAAGUAUUACUAUGAGAUCCUGUCCACUCAAGUAAGGGAUCUGGGUAGUGACCCAGAUAAGGGCGACAAAGGUAUGAACAUAGAAGAUGUAUGGCAGGUAGGACCUUUCAAAACCAAGGAGGGUCGACUCCGGGAGGCUAACAACGUGAAACAUUGCGUCGAUAGAGGAUACAUAUAA